AUGAAGAGCACCGUCGCCUGCCUCCACUUCACCAAGGAGCCCAAAUCCCAGGAUGCAUUGCACGGCCGUAGCGCCAUGCUGCGCUGCGAGGUCAGCGGCCCCGCGGGGGUAAGCCUGCGCUGGCUGCUGGACGGUAAUCCUGUGCUCGACACAGAGCGUCGUUUCCAGGAGGGCGGCAACCUGAAGUUCACCGCCGUGGACCGCCGGCUCGACAGCGGAAACUUCCAGUGUGUGGCGGCGAACGCGGCGGCCGGGGAGGAGGCUCGCUCCAACAACGCCUCCUUCAACAUCAAGUGGCUGGAGAGUGGAAGCGUGACCCUGCUAGAACCAGCCACAGAGGCAGAGAUAGAGAGCUCCGCCCCAGUCACGUUGCGUUGCCAUAUAGACGGACACCCCGGGCCCACAUGCCAAUGGUUUAAGGACGGCAGCAGGCUGCCGGAGCGCCACCACCUGGUCAACAAUAAGGAGCGCACACUAAUACUGAGCAGUGCCAACCCCGACGACAACGGCGUCUAUUACUGCUGCGGCAGGAACGCAGGACAAGUGUGCAGCAGCAACAACUUCACACUCAGCAUCACUGAUAAGAGCUUCCCCCGGCCGCUCAUCACACCCCAGGACCAGGUGGUGCUGAGGAACGAGGAUGCCGUCUUCCACUGCCAGUUCACCGCGGUGCCGGCCCCCACCAUUGAGUGGUACCAUGGCACAAGCUCCUCGUCAACCGAUCCCAGUAGGGUGCUCCUGUACAGCAACGGCACUCUCCACAUCACCCAGGUGAAGAGUCGUAACACCGGCCUGUACCAGUGUGUGGCCCGUGGGUCCCGGAGCCCUAACGUCACCCUGCAGGCUCACCUGUGGCUGGCAGGGAUCGAGGACAUGGGGCCGGCCUUGUCACGGGUGUUUGUGGUGGACAGCGUGCAGCGCGAGGCCUGCCGCCCCCCACACGGCCACCCCGAGCCCCAGGUGUGGUGGGAGAGGUCUGGGGUACGCGUGCCCCCACAGGGCAGGGUGCGGCAUGAGGGCACCGAGCUGGUGUUCAGCCCCACCGAGGCCGGUGACUCCGGCACCUACACCUGCGUCGCUCAGAACAAGGCGGGGCAGCGGAAGCAGGACCUGAUCGUCACGGUAGCCACCCCCCCGGUGUGGGUCACCAAGCCAGUGGACACUGACAUGGAAGAGGGGCAUUCUGGGUACCUGCACUGCCACGCCCGUGCCGCCCCAGAGCCUCAGGUUACAUGGCAGCGUCAGGUGCCCAUCAGCCCAGAGGACUCCCGCUUUGAGGUAUUCCCCAAUGGGACCCUGCGCAUUAACAGCGUGGAGGUGUACGACGGUCUGCUGUACAUUUGCCAGAGCGAGUCGGUGGGGGGCACGCUGAAGGCACAGGCGCGUGUUACUGUCUUGGAGCGGCUGAAAUUCACGCCCGUGCCCCAGCCGGGCCAGUGCCUGGAGCUGCAUAAGGGACAGCAGCGUCCUGUGUUCCGCCACAGGCGGGAAGCUCCCCACAUCCAGUGGAUGAAGACAGACGGCAGCGAGAUCCCCGGCCACGUCACUCAGCGAAGUGGGACGCUGCUCUUCUCCGGGGUGACACGCGGCGACGCGGGCAGCUACACCUGCCUGGCCUCCAACAAGCAGGGGGAGAUCCGCGCCACGGUGCACCUCACUGUGGCAGUUUACCCCGUGUUCAAGCUGGAGCCGGAGAACGCCACGGUGUACCAGGGGCACAUGGCUGUCCUGCACUGUCAGGCCACCGGGGAACCUGAGCCCAGCAUCCAGUGGAUGGCCAAGGACAAGCUUCUGGACCCCAGCUGGAGAAGGUUCCAGGAGAUGCCCAACGGCACACUGGUCAUCACCAGCGUUGGCAUGGAGGACACCGGGAAGUACACUUGCAUCGCCGGCAACGCCUGCACCAUCCGCCACAGCACGGCACAGCUCUACGUCGUAGAGAAGCCGGAGCCAAAGAUCAUGGAUAAUGAAGAGAAGGCUCCCUACAAGAUGAUCCAGACCAUCGGGCUGUCGGUGGGUGCGGCCGUGGCCUACAUCAUCGUCGUGCUGGGCCUCAUGUUCUACUGCAAGAAGCGGCGCAACGCCAAGAGGCUGCAGAAAAACACGGAGGCAGAGGAAGCAGAGAUGGAGGGUCUGAACGGGGGCGCCGUGCAGGAAAACGGCCAGGUCCCGGCGGAGAUUCCGGAAGAGGUGGCCUUGAGCAGCCUGGGCACCACCGUAACAAACAAGCAUCAGAGCAGCAACAACAAACUGCAUUUUCCCCGGGCUGACCUGCACACCAUCACAACACUGGGGAGGGGUGAGUUCGGGGAGGUGCUGCUGGCGAAGGCCAAGGGCGUGGAGGAGGGCGAGGCGGAAACGGUGGUGCUGGUGAAGAGCCUGCAGGCACGUGACGAGCAGCUGCAGCUGGACUUCCGGCGCGAGGUCGAGAUGUUCAGCAAGCUGAGCCACCCCAACGUGGUGCGUCUGCUGGGCCUGUGCCGGGAGGCGGAGCCCCACUACAUGAUCCUGGAGUACGUGGACCUGGGAGAUCUGAAGCAGUUCCUGAGGAUCUCCAAGAGCAAGGAGGAAAAGAUCAAGCCUCAACCACUGAGCACCAAGCAGAAGGUGUCCAUCUGCCACCAGGUGGCCCAGGGCAUGGAACAUCUGACCAACCACCGUUUUGUCCACAAGGACCUGGCUGCCCGUAACUGCCUGGUCAGCAGUCAGCGGCACGUCAAAGUGUCCUCUCUCAGCUUAAGCAAGGACGUCUACAACAGUGAGUAUUACCACUACCGGCAGGCGUGGAUCCCACUGCGCUGGCUGCCGGCAGAGUCUGUCUUUGAGGACGACUUCUCCGCCAAGUCGGACGUGUGGUCGUUCGGAGUGCUGAUGUGGGAGGUUUUCAGCCAUGGGGAGUUGCCCUACAGCAAGCUGAGUGACGACGAUGUUUUGGGAGGCCUCCGGGAGGGUAAGCUGAAACUGCCCGUGCCCGAAAACUGCCCAUCCAGAGUCUACAAGCUGAUGGCGCGGUGCUGGACCACCACAUUAAAGGAUCGGCUCUCCUUCAGUGAGAUUGUCAGCGUACUGAGCGAGCUGCCCUCUGACACCAAGGUCUGAUGCAGCAGGCAGCAGGGUUGGGGAGGGGGAGGAUUGUCAGGUGGGGGCUCCCCAUUCCAGCACACUCCCUCAGACUAUGAACUUUGACCCCCCCCCCCCAGCAAGCUUGCAACCUUUCAUUAGAGAGAUGGAUGGGAGGAGGCUGUAAAUGUAACUAAAUUAAUAGGACUUUUUAUUUGAUGUGGAUGUCAAAUGAAGAGGUCAGAGGUCACCUGCCUUAAACUGCCCCUGCUGGGGUAUGAUGCUCCUCAGCACUGAUGCACAGGCUCCUGGGAUCUACCUCUGCGAGACACUUUGCUUGGCCUUACUCCUCUACCAGAUCCAGGGAAGGAAGUAACAACAUAUUGAAAGAAAUAAGAAGAUGUCUGCAGUGAGCUUGCCCAGGCUGAGGGUGGCGCUGUUGCUUGUAUUCCCCUGUCUGGGACCACAGUACAUUCGAUGUCAGAAAGUGAACAUAUUUUUGUUUGACCGAGUAAUGAAAUACUGUCACGGUUAGGGUGUCCUUCUGCUAUGAAAGAGCAUCAUUUGAAGGGCACAAGUUUGAAAAAACUAUUUCUGAAGGUCUAGUCUGUUACUUGUGGUCCCGAGACCUGGAAUCCUCUAUUUAAAAAAAAGUACUUGGAUCAUCUUGAUUAACAAGAUGCCAGUUCUAUAAAGUACGGUUCAUAGAAGCUAUUAUUAUUAUUAUUAUUAUGAACAGUCCCCUUGGUUGCUGUGUGAAUGUUGUGUUUUUGGAGAUAUCUAAAGGCACAUAGCGGAUUUAUUUUUAUUUUUUUAUUCCUCCGGGGCUCUUGGGGGUGACACCUCCACCAUAUGCCCGACUCGGUGGUUCUGGAAGCCGGACUGCAGAGGUCACGACCUGGCACGGUGUUGCCACUAGGAUGCCUCACCUCAGCUGGCCCCAUUUCCCCUCCCUGAACUGAUCCAAUCGGAACCUACCAGGCAGCAGGCUAGACCGACCCGUCCGCAGGUCUGCGUGCUAUGUGGUGAAUGUGCACUGACCAUACUUGGUCUCCACUUUUCUGUAAUGUUCUAGAAGGAUUUACAGGAACCUGUAUUUAUUUAAGAGGGACCUGACUUAUCAUUUAUUUGUUCCAUAAUGGUACCAUUUAAUUUUUUUGUUUGUUUUUUUUAUGGAUGUAUAUGUAUUCAGCAUUUUAUAAUCCUUCAUUAUCCUCAUCAUGUUUGGUAAACAGAGCCAGGACAAAAUAGCUAUAUGUGUAUAAACCUGGGAAAGGUGAGAGUAUGGAUAUCACUGUUACCACUAACUAUUAAGUGCCUGUUAAAUGAAGGAUUUCACCAUUAUUUUUGUACAAUAUCUGAACAAACUGCCUUCUGUUUUUAGCAACAAUUUUGUAUUUGAAAUUUUCACUAUGAAUGACGUUUGUUUCUUUUUUAAAAAAUAUGGCUAAUUUAAUUGGAUAGCUUUUUAUCUGCGUUUAUUUUACAAAAGCCUCACGCGGUGGUUUUUGAUCUGCUUCUGCACGUGGUUACAGCAGCCCACAUGUAAACAGGAAUCUCUCAAUAAAGCUUCGCUUUUAUUCCCCA